UUCAACAUGGCUGAAGCGAGCAACGCCGAUCCGACAACGGGAGUGGAAGAAAAGUCUGAGGAAUCACCUCCAGAAUCCGGCACACCCAUUUCGAGGGUAAAACUCCUCGAUACCAUGGUGGAUACCUUUCUCCAAAAGCUGGUCGCCACCGGGAGCUACCAGAGGUUCACUGACUGUUACAAACACUUCUACCAGUUGCAGCCUGAGAUGACACAGCGAAUCUAUGACAAGUUUAUAACUCAAUUGCAGACAUCUAUCCGGGAGGAAAUCUCAGAAAUCAAAGAGGAAGGGAACCUAGAAGCUGUCUUGAAUUCACUGGACAAAAUUGUGGAAGAAGGCAAAGACCACAAGGGACCAGCCUGGCGCCCCAGUGGGAUCCCAGAGAAAGACUUGUGCAGUGUCAUGGCACCCUACUUCCUGCAACAACGGGACACCCUUCAGCGCCAGGUGCAGAAGCAGAAAGCCAAGAACAAGGAGUUGGCAGACACUGUCCUGGCUGGUCGCAGGCAGGUAGAAGAGCUACAGCAGCUGGUUGAAGCCCGGCAACAGGCCUGGCAGGCCCUACACAGAGAACAGAGGGAGCUGCUGGAUGUACUGAAGGAGCCUGAGUGAGGAGGAGACAGGCAAACCCCAGAGUAGAGGGCAGUCAAGGUCAAGGUCCUGUGGUCAGCAUUCUGGGCCUGGGCAGGCUGCCUUUUGAGAACAGCUGAAAUGGUGCCAGUCCCCAGGCAGUAAUGGAGGACAAGGCUGGAGCAGGCCCCCCAACUGCCGCUAAACUUAUGGGGCUCCCAUGGAGUCACACACUCAACUACCUUAAGAUUCCUCUUAUUUUCUUCCACAUGGAAGCCUGUAGCCAGCUCUCCCUGGGGAUGGGGUGGGAUACCAAGCCUCUUCUCUAGUAUGGCCAGCACUCCCCACACACACACACACACAUACCAUCCCUGGGUCUGGCCUAGAGAAUGUGUUUUCACUGAUUGUCCCCUUACUGGCCAGCCCAAGGGCCAUGCCAUGUUCUCCCCACAUCUGUAAAUAAACUUCUUCCUCUACCCUAUAAUUUGUGAGGAUGCUUCCUCGCCGGGCUUCCUGUGCCAAGACCACUCCUGGGCUCCCUAGCUCUUGGCCAAGGUCAAGGCCUUAGCUUCAGUGCCCUGGGAACCUCUAGGCUGGAGUAGGCUAGGGCCUCGGAUUGUAUCUGAUCAUGUGCAGAGGGCAGCAGAUCAGAAAACAGGACCCUUGUGUUUCCUGAGGUCAGAACAAACUGCCAAAGGUAUCACUCUGUCCAACCCACCCUACCCUUCUCCUUGCUAAUUGGCUUAAUUCUGGGAAAGUAUCCAUAGGUGGCAGGGUUUUACAUAGUGGGGCCCUCCACAAAACCUGGGCACUGUGUCUUUCCCUACUUCAGUUUUCUCUAGCCAGGGUCACCAGAUGGUAGAUGGUGCUUCCUAGACCCGAGGGAAAAGGAGGUGGGCUCCAAUUUGGUAAACAGUUUUUCUUUUUUGAUGAAGGCUCACCCUAACCCAUAUGUAGGCUUUUUUAGAGCUGCCUGAGGAGACAAGGACAGGAAGAUAUCACAGUGACCUCUGCUAACUGCUCUCCUCCCCAUAAACAGAGCCCAGCUUACCUUUUUCUCUGAGGAACAGCUGCAUUUAGGCAGAUACUUCCCUCCUGCCAGUCCUCCCCAUCCAGUGCUUUAUCUAUCAGGUUGGGCAGACUGAGUCCUGGUGGGUGGGUUGGUAGGUGAGCAAAGACACAGGCCAAACAAAGAGGGGCCAGGACCCUCUCUUCUCACUAGUCUGAGACACUGGCAGCUCUUGAGUAGGAUGGAUGUUUUAGGUCACAAUGUUCUGUCAGAAGACAGGCCUUCCUAUCAACUUUGGAAUGGGAAUAGGGGGCAAGUCCCUCCAACGGCUGUUAACGAGGGAGGCUGUACUGGCUAGCGGAUUGCUGGGUAACCUAAAAGUGACUCCAUCUCCCUGCUCCCUGAAGGCCUUACCCCUGUACACUGAC